AACACUAAGGGGUUGAAAAAACAAAAGCGAGAGAAUUUCGUUGGAUCGUUUACAAUAGAAAAGAGAUUUUAAUUUCUCAGAAUUGAUCUGGCUCCAGAGAACCCUAACAUUGAAUCACUUUCUUGAUAUCGAGGUCUGAAUCAGAGAUCUCAAUUUUUGUUUUUUCCCUUAUAGAAGAUGACGAAGGAUUUCGCAGUUCCACCAGUGGUUUUCCCCUCCGGCGGAUCUCCGGCGCCGGGAGCAAAUGUCCAGCAACGCCGAGUCCCCACAGCUCCUCCUUACCAACCGCCUCGUCCUUCCGCUUCAUCCUCCAUCCCAUUCAUGUCGUUUGACAUCGGAUCCGCCUCCGCGACGCAGGGUGGACCAUUCGGCGGAGCAAUCGCUUCCUCUUCAUCUUUCGGAGGAGGAUCCGCUUCGUUCGACGACGAGGAGCCUCUGCUUGACGAGCUCGGUAUCCAUCCAGAUCAAAUCUGGAAGAAAACUAGGUCGAUUCUCAAUCCCUUCCGGAUCAAUCAAACCGUUCACAAGGAUUCAGAUCUCUCUGGACCGAUCUUCCUAUACCUUGCGCUUUGCUUAUUUCAGUUGCUCGCUGGGAAGAUCCAAUUCGGGGUCAUAUUGGGUUGGGUCGUCGUCGCAUCUAUGUUCUUGUACACCGUCUACAACAUGCUUGCUGGACGAAAUGGGAAUCUCAAUCUCCACACUUGUACGAGCUUAGUUGGUUACUCUCUGCUUCCCGUUGUGAUUUUAUCGGCGGUGUCACUGUUCGUGCCACAAGGUGCAGGUCCGGUUCGGUUCGUGCUCGCGGGUGCAUUCGUUUUGUGGGCCACAAGGGCUUGCUCUAAUCUGGUGGUGUCUCUCGCUGACGGAGGAGAAGAGCACCGUGGUUUGAUUUCGUACGCCUGUUUCUUGAUCUAUACUCUCUUCUCGCUUCUUGUUGUGUUUUGAUUCUCUCUCUCCGAUAUGGUUUCUGAUAUUGAUAAUUCGUUCAUCUUUCCGGUGCCAUUAGCGAGUAGCUUAAUGAGGAAACCCUUGAAAGUGUUUAAUAGCUGAGACGUUGUAAAGGUUUUUUCUUGAUGACUUUAGAGGAAAAUACGGUUGUUGAUGUGGUUUAAGUAAUUUGAUUCGAUCUUCUUAGAUUGCUAUAUUUAUCCUUUUGUUUGUGUUUCUCUUUGACAGCUU